CCAAUGAGCUGUUUGAGCGGAUCAAUGCCGCCGAACGUCCAAACAAGCUGGACUUGAACGUGAUCAAGGAGCGAAAGGUUAGCGAAUCCUUGGUUACUACCACCGAAAGUGUGAUUGACCGGAGCGAUAACACGUCGAAGCUGGAUAACUACAGCUUCACGAACAUCUCGAACCGUUCGUCAAUGUCGUCAUCGUUCGUGCUUGAGCUACCGAUCAAAACCAGUCUGCAGCACGACAGUCCACUGUUGCCACCGAGCACGGACCUAUCGUCAGUGGUGAUGGCAGAGGCGAAACAACCCAAGUACCAGCUAGCCGAUGCCAGCACACCGACGCCGCAGGACCACAACGAAAGCCCCGCCGAAGACAUUGAACGGUAUCUGGCGAAUCGGGUAAAGUUUCUCAAAGAGAAAUCCUUUUCGAUGGAUGAUCCCAUCAAGGGCGAGGAGCUACCACCGGAAGACAUCUCGAAGCGAUCCGCCUCGGAGGGAUUGGUGUCGGUCGACACGAACGCUCUCAAGAGUGACAAGAUGCUGGAGAUUAUCAAAGAAAAUUCCCUCAUCCUCGGGCGGAUAGUGAGAAAGUCACGGGAACAGGAUGAACAGCGGACCGAUCAGUUGAUAAAGGAGGACGAAACGGAGAUGCUGAUUAAAUCGAUCGAACAGCUGCCGAGCUUACACAUAGACGAGGCGACUCUCGAUCUCAAGAUCACGCACCGGGUCGAUGAAAUGUUAGAGAAAACGGAAAAACCACCCGUUUCCCCGCCAGCGUUGCCAAAGGUAGAGAGCCCGAAGCCACCCUUGCCCGAAGAACCGAUCAUCGAUACGGAUGAAAUCAAAUCCAAGACGGAUCUGGUCAUCAAGCGAACCGAGGAGCAGCUGGCAAGGUUCGCUCCACCGGAGCCCACCUAUUACGUGCGGAAGGACAACUUUCGCGAAAUCAUUACCCCGGAGGAGGAGAAACAGGAAGCGAAAGCGGAAUGCCCGGCAGCGGAAGCAGCAGUGGAAGCGAAAGUGCCACCGCAACAACCCGAGCCCGACCAAAAAGUGACCGAACCACUGACCAUAAGCUUUAAUGCGAUCGACACCCGGGCCGUGUCGUCCAAGACCGAGGAAUUGAUCAAGAAAACCGAGGAGCAACUGGCACGCUUCCGGACGCACGACAAAAAGCUAAUCGACAAGCUGGAAAAGCGGCUCUCGUUGAUCGACAUGAAGCUGGAGGAGAAAACGCCAUCGCAGCUAGUGCCCCCGAGCAAGACGGAGGAGAUUCUGAAGAAAUCGGAAGAACAAAUCUCUCGCCUGCUGGCGCGCAAGUCACCGACACGCUUCAAACUGGACGAAGCGACCGAUCUGCGGCCUACCGAUCUCAGCAAUCUCAAGACGGAUGAGCUCAUCAAGAAGACGGACGAACAGCUGGCCCGGUUUAAGGCGGCGGCCGAAAGUACGGCCGAGAAGCGGAAAAGUCGGCACGAAAUCGACGUGCUGCUGAAACCGGAUGGCUCGAGCGAGAAACCCAUGAGCCGGUCCUGUGAAUCCAUCCGUACGGAGGAGUUUUCCACGAAGGAUCCCGAGGAAGCGGUGAUCAUACGGCACGCGCAGGAGGAGAUCCUGCGCACCAUCAAAAUACCGGAUGAAGUGAAAAGCUCGAAAACGGACGAGAUCAUCAAGAGCAUCGAAGAUGGUAAGAUCAAGCUGGGUGAUGAUUACAUUACCACGAUCAAAACAAUCGACUACCUGAAGCGCUCGAACGCGAACAUGCUGGCAACGCUGUCUUCGAUCGAAAGUUCCAUCAAAGCGAUCGAUGGUUACUGUGACUACGAUUCCGACAUUCAGUCGGAUCGCAUCAAUCACACGAUCGAUAAUCUCGAGAAGUCGCUCAAGCAAUUUGAAACACCGGUGGGGGCGAAUACGGGUCACGAAACGGGCACGAAUUGUCCUGCCGAGCCACCGCUAGUGAUGGUGCACGAUUACUCCACCACCCACUGUGAGAGCCGGUGUCGUCCGGCGUCGUGCAAUCGGCCCAGCAGAUCACGCAAACGCAAAGAGUACUCACCACGGCGGCGAAAAGAUAAGGACCGCGAUGGGGGCGAGAAAAGCGGUGGACCACGACCGCGCAAGGAUCACAGUAGUGACUAUUCCUCCGACAACCAAUCGCUGGAACGGGAAUCACCCAAAACGUACACGUACGCGUCGUACUACAGCCAUUCGCCUCCGUUAUCGCCACGGCUUGUCUCGCCAUCGCGUAAGCUUCCCGAGCCCAUUGUCGCGAGGCCAACAACACUCAAGAGCACCUCACACGAUCGGUACAUCCUGAAUCUGCAGCGGGACAGUGGGCCGUUGAUUAAGUUCGACAAAUCACCCUCAUCACCGAUCAUCACCAAGGCCUACCUGGAGUCACUGAAACCGGCCACACCGGUUGCAUCCGGGCGGACGACCCGUUCGGCCGAAAACUCUCCCCCGUAUCACCCAACGCAACCGCCCGUCCUUUCGCCAACGACAUCGGC